CACUAUCCUCCGAUCCGCCGAGCAGUGGGGACAACAAGAUCCUGGACCCUCCCCCUCUCUCUCUUUCCACCACGCGGCCGCGCUCUCUCCCUUAAUUUCUCUCUCUUUAUUUCGCCGCUCACACUCAAUAAGUAGAGAAUCUUUAGCGUAGGAUAUCUCUUGAUUGUCAGCAUCGAUCCCCUUCCUUCCUUCCUCCAUAUAAAUCUUCCUCAACUCGAUCAUGGAGGCCUGAGACCUGCACCCAUCUCAUACUGCAACACAACAAUCCCCUCCACAGAACCCUCUCUCGCCCAAAGAAGAAGAAGAGGCUUCGAGGAAGAAGACGAAGAAGGAGAGCCUCCAAGCCGCGCGUCCCCUUCAACGUCCCGAGCAAAAUUUCUGGAUCUUUGAGGAGCUGCAUGCACCCUGCCGGGGCUCCUAAUUAAGUCAACAUCGAUCUCACACGAGUUAAUCAGCGGGUUUAUUCUGAAUCUGCGUCGCAGUCGAGGGAAAGUUUGCAACUACUAUUCACUCAGAAAAGGGAGGACAACAAAAGGAGAGGAGGAGGAAGAGCAGGCUAGCAACAAGCCAUGCAUACAUGUAUGAUGGGCCCUUGAGCUUGUGGUGGUGCCUGAUCAGUUUGAUGUUUGUUCAGUAAUCGACCCAGAGGAUAGCAGAUCAACAAGUCCUUGACAAUGAAGUACAUGAAGCUUGGGACGAAACCUGACACAUUCUACACCGAACAGGCCGUCAGGGUUUACUUGUGGCAUGACAGGUCAGUAGCGUCAGACAUACCUGCUGAUCUUAUCAUACAUGUCAACAAUACGAAGUAUCAGCUACACAAGUUCCCCCUCCUCCUCAAGUGCGGUCUCCUGCAGCGCCUCUGCUCCGACACCGACGACGGCGAGCCGGUGCCAGUGGCGCUCCACGACAUCCCUGGCGGCGAGGAGGCGUUCGAGCUCUGUGCUAAGUUCUGCUACGGCAUCGCCAUCAGCAUCAGCGCCAGCAACUUCGUGCCAGCGAUGCUGGCGGCCCGGUUCCUCCGCAUGACGGAGCACGUUGCCAAGGGGAACCUCGUUGCUAAGCUCGAGACCUUCUUCGACUCCUGCGUCCUCCAGGGCUGGAAGGACUCCAUCACCGCCCUCCAGGCGGCAUGGCGGAUUUCCGGCUGGUCUGAGAGCCGCAUCGUCCAGCCGUGCAUCGACUCCAUUGUUGAGAAGAUCCUCCUCCCAACUUCAAAGGUUUCGUGGUCGUACACAUACACGCGGCCGGGAUACACUAAGAAGCCCCACCAGUCGGUGCCCAAGGACUGGUGGACGGAGGAUAUCUCGGAGCUGGACAUCGAGGUGUUCCGGUCGGUCGUCUCCACCGUGCGCGCCGCGCGCAUGCUCCCACCGCCCCUCAUCGGCGAGGCGCUGCACGUCUACGCAUGCAAGCACCUCCCGGACCCGCUAUACUGCGCCAGCGCUCCCGGCGUCAAUGGCCAGGCGCAGAGCUCCUCGAUGGCGGCAGACGCCGAGGAGACGAUCGCGAAGCAGAGGCGCGUGCUGGAGACCGUCGUCACCAUGAUCCCCAGUGACGCGGGGUCGGUCACUGGACGGUUCCUUCUCCGGCUGUUGCGUGUCGCGAACUACGUCGGCGCGUCGUCGUCCACGCGCGCGCAGCUGAUCCGACAGGCCGGGUCCCAGCUCGACGAGGCCAAGGCGGUGGACCUGCUCAUCCCCCUGCCGUCGGACACGCAGGCGUACGACGUCGGCGCGGCGGAGGCCGUGCUGGAGCACUUCCUGGCGCAGUUCCAGCGGCCGGCGGCGGCCGACGAGCGCCGGCGGAUGAGCGUCGCCAUGGAGAAGGUGGUCAGGAUCUUCGACGAGUAUCUGCAGACGAUAGCUCUCGACGGAGAGUUCCCCAUCGGCAAGUUCAUCGACCUAGCCGAGUGCUUGCCGGACAUCGCCCGGAACGACCACGACGGCCUCUACCACGCCAUCGACACCUACCUCAAGGAACACCCGGACCUGAGCAAGGCGGACAAGAAGCGGCUGUGCCGACUGAUCGACUGCCGGAAGCUAUCGCCGGACGUGCGGGCGCAGGCGAUAUCCAACGACCGGAUGCCACUGCGCACGAUCGUGCAGCUCCUCUUUGUCGAGCAGGAGAGAACGGUCGGCGCGGGCGGCAGCCAUGCCGUCGCGCCACCGAGCCGUGCUUCCGUGCACGCAGUCUCCGGUCUCACGGCCAUAGACAGAGAGGACGAACCGGCGCCCACUGACCACAAGUCGGACGUGCACCGGCCCCGACGGGGCGCCCAUGCGGAGCGCGCGCAAGGUGAAGCGGCUGCAAUGACGAGGUCGCUGUCCGCGUCGACGAAGACGGUGGCGAGGACAGAGAGGACAGCAGAGGAGAGGGGGAGCAGGCUGAGGAACAAUUGAAGUGUAAAUGCAAGGAGCUUUAAGAAUUGAUGACCAGGGAUGAGAUCCGGAUGAGUGCACAUGGGACAUGCUAAUUUCUUGCUUCUGAUCCCGGCUCAUCCUUCCCAAUUUGUUGAUAUACUUGUGAUUCUUGAUCAUUUUUUUCUCA